AGCAACAUCAAAACUGAACAUGGAUGGACAAGUUCACCUCGAACAACCUUCGAUUCCUGCAACAAAAAAGUUGUCAGUGCACGAACAAAAUGGAGUGGUACAACCUUUACUCACUGAUCUUUACCAGAUCACCAUGGCGUACGCCUACUGGAAGAGCCAGAAGAGGACCGACCGCAGCGUAUUUGACCUGUACUUCAGGAAGAAUCCCUUCCAAGGAGAGUUCACAAUCUUUGCUGGUUUAGAGGAGUGUUUGAAAUACUUGAAGAAUUUUAAGUUCGCUACUGAUGAUAUUGAGUACCUACAAACUGUCCUGCCAGCCCACACCGACCCCGAGUUCUACGACUACCUUCUGAAUCUAGACACGGCCACUGUGACCUUGUAUGCCAUCGAUGAGGGGACGGUCGUCUUCCCAAAAGUCCCACUUCUUCGACUAGAGGGACCGUUACCAAUUGUCCAACUGUUGGAGACAACAUUACUUACUCUUGUCAACUAUGCUAGUCUUGUGGCAACCAACGCUGCCCGUUUCCGCCUUGCUGCUGGAGAUAACAUCAUGCUGUUGGAGUUUGGUCUGAGGAGGGCCCAGGGGCCUGAUGGGGGGCUGUCUGCUUCGAAAUAUUGUUAUAUGGGAGGGUUUGAUGGGACAAGCAAUGUUCUGGCGGGGAAGCUGUUUGGGAUUCCAAUCAAGGGGACACAUGCCCAUGCCUAUGUCAAUUCAUUCACCGACUUGGAUGAAAUCAAUUCAAGGGUGCUGAAGCAUGCAUCAGCUGAUGAAGAGGUCGACUUUGUCUCCCUUGUCGAUUCAUGGCUGACAAAACUAGCACCGCUAUUAAGUUGUAUAAAAACUGAGGUCCACCUAGGAGAACAGGCAGCAUUUAUUUCCUACGCCAUGGCAUUUCCGACCGAGGUGCUUUGUUUGGUCGAUACGUAUGAUGUAAAAAGGAGUGGAGUGCCAAACUUCUGUGCCGUCGCCUUGGCCCUAAACGACCUUGGGUACCGUCCAAAGGGUAUUCGUCUAGACAGUGGCGACUUGGCAUACCUCUCAGUGGAGGUUAGACAGACAUUUAAGCUAGUCGCACAGAAAUUUGACGUGCCAUGGUUCGCAGACCUCAUCAUCGUGGCAAGUAAUGACAUUAACGAAGAGACCAUCCACUCGCUGAACAAUCAGGGCCAUAGUAUCAACUGUUUUGGAAUAGGGACGCAUCUUGUGACGUGCCAGAAACAACCAGCGUUAGGAUGUGUUUUCAAGCUGGUAGAAAUAAACAAAACCCCAAGGAUGAAACUGAGUGAAGACGUUGAAAAAGUGACCAUGCCAGGGAAGAAAGAUGCAUACAGGUUAUACGGGAAUGACGGUGAACACUGUGCCUUUGGCCACGCACUGGUUGAUCUUCUCCAACAACCCAAUGAACCUCCACCGAAACCAGGGAACAAAGUUCUCUGUAGACAUCCAUUUGUGGAAUCGAAGCGAGCCUAUGUUAGUCCAGCCAAAGUUGAACCUCUCCUGAAAUGCUACUGGAAAGAAGGAAAGAUUUGUCAGCGUUUGCCAUCGAUGGAUGAGAUUAGGCAGCGGCGAUCCAACUCGCUGCAGCAGACAAGAAGCGAUCACAAGAGGGCGCUGAAUCCCACACCAUACAAGGUGUCGGUGACGGGCAAACUCUACAAUUUUAUCCAUGACCUCUGGAUGAAUGAUGCACCGAUUGGAGAGCUCUCGUAACCUGUUUAGCCAUCGCCGAUACCGACGUGAAAGGCGCAAAAAUCAUGUGAUACAGGAUAAACCAAUAGGUGACGCGUUCGAGUUUUUAUGAUGGUCGGCCGUGCCAUCUUUGUUAUUGACACUACUUAUCUAUUAUUAGUGUAUGAUUAGAGUUUAUGGUAAAUUUUCACAUUUGUUCAUAGGAAAUCAAAUAUGGAGGUUGUUAUUUGUUUUUCAUCCUCCAGUCACGUCUGCGGUUGAAGCUAGAAUCCUUAUAAGCCUGCACUAUUCAUGUAUGGUGUAGGCCUUUAAAGAUACCAGGGAGUCUAUUGUAGACCGUAAUUGGCAUUGUCAGUCUAGUGAACCAGUGUGCUUUUCUAAAAGAUCAUUUGCUUUAGCUUCUCCAGAGGAUUAGCUGAGGGAGUUUUUGUCUUGUGCUGAAUUCCCUUCUGUUCCGCGCAUAGCUUCUUUCUCGAUCCUUGGGGUAUGUUUCACCAUAUUUACCGUAUUUAUUCUAAAGCUUAAGUGCUAAUUAAAUAGGCAGUUACAGGCUAGAUUAAAUGGAAAGUAGUUGAAUGUUCUAGAAAUCAAGAUGUUCAGUGAUGUUGGAUAGGAAAAUACUUUUACCGGUACAGUUGUUGAAGUGUAUUUUCACCACUCUGGAUAGUUUGGGUAGUUUACAUGUACAUGUACUUUCACCAUCCUGGAUAGUUGUAAUGAUAAUUUCCAUGUACUAGUGAUUUUAGGCAUCAUGUUAUCAUUAUGUUUUGUUUUAUUUUGUCGAUGUGAUAGUUUGAAUUUAGCUAAAUUUUGUACUCAGGGAGAAGCAUAAGUACAAACAACUUAUUGGCACUGGCUGAUCUAACACCAUCAUCUGUCUCGGUAAAUCUUCCAUCUCAGUUGCAUUUGACUCAAAAGUCAUGAUAAUUUGAGAUUAUAAGGUAUUUUUAUGUUUACAUUUAUACUGUUUCCAUUUUUCUGGUAUAUAACGUAUGUAUUAGGGUAGAUGAUGGUAGACAUAUAUUACAUCAUAUACCGGAGUGAGUGAUGAUCUGAGAUUGUUGAAUGAAACUUGCCGAUUUUUUAGGGAAAAUCGGCGGAAACUCCCUGGACCUUCAGUCACGUGGGUUUCCUUGCCAAAGACCUUUCACUUGUGUGAUCUGCUAACAUGAAAAUCUUACUCGAGUGGUUUUACUGUCACAGGCAAGCACAGUGGCUCAAGCUGUAGUAUUGUGAGGAAAACGAAAGCAGGCAAAGGGGAUCUACUUUGGCGUAAAGCUUUCACCAGGUUCACAGCCACAAAUCCACUUCUUCCCCUUUGCCAAGACAAGUCGAAUCUUACAUUCCAGGCAUUUACUGAUCUAAUAACUGUGCCAUAACUUACACACAGAAUAGCUUCAAAUUAUUCUUUAGAAUUGUUGCUCUAUGUAACAGUUUUGAUAGUACAUGUACAUUACACAAGUUUUUAAUAGUGUUGUAGAACCUGUUUUCUUCUUCUGGCCUCUCAAUCUUCGCCUGUUGUGUAAAGGAGAAGCUUUCAGUGUUCACAAUAGGCAUGGUGUUUCUGAAUGACCUCCUGAAUUUCCAAAUGUCAAAAGUUAUCCUGCACACCACAUCUUGAUGAAAGAAGAGCGUGUAGCAGCUAUAUAUGCUGAUAUUUAUGCCAGGAACUUUAGCAUAUAUCUUGGUUGUCGGUAUCUGUCAGCAGCUCGUGCCACCAGCAUUGCCAUGUUCUUGAUUGUAGUUUGUUCCCACCUCUUAGCAGUUGGGUCUAUUGCACUGUAAAUUAAUCUAUUAAUCAUGACAAAAUAAAGCAUAAGAGAAUAAAAUUAGAUUUUGUCAUUGAUUUUA